AUGGCAUCCACGGAACUGGCGGAAAACGAUGAUUAUCAAUCCAUCGUCGGGCAAAGAUCCACUCGAGUGGAGAAUGACCUCUUAUCGAGGCUUCCCUUAAACCGUUUCAACUCCGAAUUGCUGGUCUCUAACGUGGAUUUAAAGUGGAUGGGCAAUGCUCCACUUCUCCUGCCCCUGACAUUGGCCUUUAAAUCCCGGCAAGCUGCCACCGAUCAAGAGAGUAUCACUUUCCGUCUUUUAGCACUCACAGCACCUUCCUCAUGCCCUACACCGGCCGUUCCUGCCACUGGUACCACCUCAAGAUCAUCCAUCAGUAGGGAAUCUGGACUAAUCGAAUGUUGCGCAGCAUCAACUGCAAGAAAGCUGGAGGAGGCUGUAUGUCUCCUUUCCCCGUCCCUACCCUGCAGUAGCCGCCCAAGACUAAACCAACCAGCCUUCUCAAUCAACUACUUCAUCAAUCAAGAUGACAUGACCAUCGAAGACCCUAGCCAGGCAAUGAAGAUCUACAGCGAUCCCAAUACUUCUUCGGGGAACACAAUUCAGCUUGGACACAGCCCACUAUUCACAUUAUCGCCCAAGGUGCCAGGAAAGGCGUAUUUGAAGGCGGCGCUGUUUGACAGUGUGUCAAAGCCUGAAUCGGUGUUUUUCGGCGACAAGCGGGACGAAGCAGCAAACUUGGAAGAGCAACAAGCUCUGCCACUGCCGAGUAUCCGAACCCAAUCAGAUAAGCGCCGGCCGGGGAAGCAGGGGAGUCGCCGACCAACAAACCAAGGAACCUGCCAGCCAGCUGUGACGCCUCUUCACCGCAUCGACCCUUUCCCUUUCCCAUCCUUUUCCCCCCAGAAACAGCAACAGCAGCAUGUCGCACAGCUUCCUGUGCGAAAGCUAGGAAGCUUAGUAUACAUCAUGGUUGAUCGCCAGGACAAUCACUCUGCACCGGACAAGGCGAUCGCUGCAGCGACCGGUCGCGAGGAGAUUCUCACCCCACCAGCUGCCUGCCACACAGCUCAACGACCUCAUCGCGAUGAUGACGACGCCAGAAGCACAGAUAACGACCUGGAUGCCCUCGAACUCCGCAAUAUAGCCACUCAAGAUGACGACGAGGCCGGCUUCUCAACCGAAUCGAUCUCCUCGGGCGAAUAUCGUAUCCGCACACAUCGGACCGUUUCCCGCACCACUCAUUCCAACCGGGAGCACACAAGCAAGGGGCUGGCGGGACAUAUUCGUCGCUUUUGGACACGAAAUGUGGUGUUGACAGUGCCGCAGAAGAGUAAUCGGGACCAUUUCGAUAAUCACGAGCUCAUCCAUUCACCAACAAUAACGCAGAAGGAAUGCAAGGCUGUUGCUGACAUCUCACACUAUCCAUUUAGCUUUAGAGCGAACUUUCUUAGCUUACAUUCGUACUUCGCACUGGGGUUCUAUGAAGCGGGGAUUCCCCUGGCGGUUAGCUGCUAUGGCGUGGCGAUUUUGAUAGCUGCCAUGGGUGCGUAUCGCUUCUGGAAGCAGCAGAAUGUGGUGGCUUUGGGGACUGUGUAUGCGGGGGGGUGGGAGUUGAACUGUAUCGGGGUGUUGAUUGGGUUGGUGAGAAAGUUAGCCAUUCUGGCUGCAGCUGAUGAUGACAUGCCUUACGCUAUUGUCUUGAUGAUAUACGGCCAAUCCACUGAGCGGAUAUAG